UAUAUCGUCAUUUUGUUUGGAUAGACGUACACCCAUUGAUCAUAAAGUUAUGGAAGACGUGCCGCUAUCUUUGCACCUUACACACGGUGUAAUUGGGUAUCAUGACGUUCCAAACCUAUCAACGAACCACAUGGAUUAUGCUGAUGUUGGUGUAUGGAUUGACACCAGUGUGCCUCCACCGCGUAUAGUGAAUCCUUGUAUAUCGAGCGCAAGUAAGCGGAUUUUACCCAUAGAUGGAAAUAACAGCAAUCCACUGAAUCCUAUCAAUGCGUUACGUAAUCAACAGCCUAUUAGCGACAUGUUGCAGAGGAUACAACCUAACUCUCCAGCUUCCACAGGCUAUUGCAGCAAUCAUGGACUUUUUCCCUCAAACCAUUUUCUAGAGGGCCAUACUCAGUCUCAACCCCCUCCGCUAUGGCCACCUCCAAAUCAUUUUCCACCGCUGGCAAUAAGCGCACUUUUUCAACAAUUUCUAACCUGGGCCCAGGCACACGCCUUGAAACUCCAGUGUUUAUAACACAAUCUAAAGAAUCUUCCUCAUAUCUCACAUCUAUCUCAGUAUUUUUGAUAAACAUUCGCUCUCUUUACUCUAAGAUCCACACCCUACGCUCGUUUGUUUUGGUGAAUAAUCCUGAUAUAUUAUUUAUAACUGAAUCUUGGUGCCAUGAUGGCAUGUCUGACACUCAGUUAACUAUUUUCGGAUAUAACAAGUUUAUGAGGAAUCGGCCUGGUCGUCGAGGUGGUGGCUGCGUAAUUUAUCUAAAAAACUCGCUCACAGCAGCAACAUUCGAUAACCCAGUGUUGAACAAUGUUCAGGAAUCACUCUGGCUGACGAUAUCUGUUAAUCAGCAACAGCUGCUUAUGGGAUGUAUAUACAACGCGCCAAACGGCAGUCAAGAAGACCUAGAACUUUUGACGCUUGCAUUUGAAUGCGCCGCUGGCCUACCAUUUUUACAUAAGCUUAUUGGAGGUGAUUUCAAUCUGCCUUCGAUUUCAUGGCCCAUAGGAACCGCUCCUUUGAAAUACCACAAUCUUAUCUCCUGUAUCCAAAUGAAUGGUUGGCAGCAACAAGUCUCUCGACCUACCAGAGGUGAAAGUACGCUGGAUCUCAUUUUUUCAUUGGGCAUACCUGCAAUCAGUGUUAACGUUCUUGAUGAAUUUCCGGGGAGCGAUCAUCGCGUAAUCAAAUGCUGUCUAAGACUACGCAUGGCCGAUGUACAGAAAACAAAGCAUUAUCGUCUGUUCAAUUCUGUCAACUGGGACUCAUUCAAGGACCUGGUUCGUUCGAUGAAUUGGGAUAAAUUCUUUCUCUCUUCAUGCCCUCAACAUGCGACGGACCUGUUUUAUAGUAUAAUCGGCUUCUGCAUGGAUUCAGCAAUACCACUAAAAUGUGCUUACCAAACCAAACCUAAAUCCGAUCGCAAGGCAUUGAAGGCAGCGCGAAAGCUUCAUAAGAUUCGUCAGAAAUUCAAGUUAACUGCUGACUUUGCGCUAUUAUUACAGCAGUCGAAGCUCGUGGAAGAACAGAGGCAUCAACGAGACAAAACUCUCAUUCUAGAAGAGUAUAAAGCUCUGAAUGGCCCUAGCAAAACAGCUGAGCUAGCCAAACUAUUCCGUGCCCGGGGUUCGCGUUGCAGUGACAAUCUCAGUUUUAUCACCACGUCUGAUGGAACAUACUACGACGCACCAGAUGAUAUCUGCGAAGCUUUCAGUGCUUAUUUUGCCGAAUCAAUGCUCACUGAAUCAUCAGACACACCAACAUUUAUCACGCCGCAAAAUAAUGAAGGUCUAUGCACAGUAGAAUUCACUAUAGCGAAAAUCACUAGUCAAGUCGCUCGCUUAUACUCCUCAACGUGCGCAGGCCCUGAUGGACUACCCCCAUGUUUAAUAAAACGCAGUGGUAGUGACUUCCUUCUGCUUUUGCUCAACCUCUUUACACUCUCUUUUAACAACGGAGUAUACCCUACUCAAUGGAAAACUUCUGUUGUUAUCCCGCGACAUAAAAAUGGCGCUGCCCACGAGGUUAAAAACUUUCGUCCCAUAAAUCACACACCCAUCGUAUCUAGAAUAAUGGAAAGGAUAGUAAAAGAUGAACUAUUUAUAUUCUUGAACAAAGCUAACAUUAUCAGCAAUUCGCAACACGGCUUCAUGCAAGGUCGAUCCUGCGCAACAUGCCAGACUGACUUUUUAAACCACACAACGGCUGCCAUUGACAACGGAAACAGUGUCGUAAUCCUGUUCCUGGAUAUGCAAAAAGCCUUUGAUAGAGUGCCUCACAGAAGGUUACUGAAAAAACUGAAGGCUAUAGGCAUUGGAGAACCGAUGUUCUCUUGGCUGUCUUCAUAUCUAAUUGGUAGACAGCAGGUUGUGCGCAUAGGCGACCAUUUCUCUACACCGAAAGCAAUCACUAGUGGAGUGAUUCAAGGGAGUGUUCUUGGUCCACUUCUUUUUCUAAUUUAUAUUAACGAUAUAUUCCAGAGAAUAAGAAAUGGUGUUGCGUUUAUCUUUGCUGAUGACAUUAAAGUUGUCUACUCACAACCACGUGCAAAUACUCAGGAAGCCGUACGUCUCAUUCAGGAUGACCUAUCCGCCCUUGACUCCUGGUGCCAACUGUGGCAGAUGUCAUUUGCCGUGGACAAGUGUAAUAUUUUGUCGUACAAAUGCCAAGUACCGCCAGACAGUUUAUUACUACAAGGUGCCUAUAUCUCGCAAUGCAGGACAAUUCGCGACUUGGGCGUGCGAUAUUCAGUUACGUUUAACUUUUCUGAACACUGUGACUUCCAAGUUUCGAAAGCCAUGAAGACCAUUGGUUAUAUCUGCCAUCAUUUUUACCUCACGGAAUCUCGCAUAUCCCUUUACAAAACAUAUGUAUUGCCGUGUAUGGAAUACUGUUCAAUGAUACAGUCUAAUCUACGGAAGUCUGACCAGCACGCUCUUGAGAGGGUCCAGAGACGCUUCACGAAAAAGCUAUGUGGAUAUUCCUCAAAGUUGACAUACAAGGAGCGAUGCGAUAAACUUGGAUUUGACCCAGUUUGGCUUCGGAUAAUGAAGCUGAACCUAUGUUUUCUUUACAGAAUCAUAAAUUGUCAAAUUCGCAGUCCUGAAAGCGGUGUUCACAUAUCUGUAAACAACAGAUACCCAAUACGUAACAAAGAGGUAAAGGUCAUGAUUCCAAAAUUUUCUACGAGAAUCAGAGAACGUUUCUUUCUAACCCAAUACUCAAAGAUUUGGAACAAACUUCCAAGUGAUAUCAGAACAUGCUAUACUCUUUGCAAUUUUAAGCUUGCUAUUAGUAAGCAUUUAACCGUCCAAAACGUGAUUAAGAUGUUCGGGACAUCACAGUCCCUAGAUAACGCAUUCGAAAACGGUAUCCAUGGUGUCUGAAUAAAUUUCUGAAACAUAUACACAUAACAUUUCGGACAACAGCCCCUUUCAUUACAUUUUUUUCUCUCGGCCCAAAUAUCUAUCAUGUGAUUGUAAAGAAUCCUGAUUCAGUGGCAGGUAAAAAUAGCAGAACGAUUCUGAUUACUCUGUGUAACAUAAUUUGCAAUUGCAUCCAUGUUUAUCUCUGAAAAUGUAUUGAUGAAAUGUCAUGGAAAAGUUGUACCAUUAUUUGAUCUGUUCCUUAUAGAGAACAGCUUCUCGCAUCGUCGAGGAAUAUACAAUUUAUUUAUUUAUU